AUGGGGCUUCUAUGCCUCUGUAGGCUGAGUGACCAUGACCUCAAGGUAGCUCAUGGAGAGCUGGCGGGCAUGCAGCUGCUAAUGGAAGAUGUCCUUCUGAGUAACUAUCAUAUGAUCAUGGAGGGUCCCCCAGGAUGGCAGGCCACACUGGACAAAAACACACAGCCAGAUUUGUCCAGAGUGCAAGGAUUCAGAAGUCGGUUCCAAAGCAACCCAAAGACCUUCAGGCUGCUGGGGGGCCCAUGUGAUGCAGUGAUGUCCCUUGCUUUGCUGAGAUCAUUUCUGGUGCUCUGGAAGCAACUGGAAGUGCUAAAGGAUCACUGGGGCCGACUCAAGCUGCGAGGCCAGGACGUCAAUUCUCCCUCUCUCCACGAACAGUUCUCGGAGCUCUAUGGAACUGACAUUCUCUACCCCAGCAUGAAAGCUAUAGCUAGGCGGAUAGGGAAAGAAGAUGAAUUUGAAGGACUUAUAAUAAGUAGUAAGUCUACUCUUCUCCCCAAAGGAGCUUCAGAAAUUGAAAUAAAAACUCAGCAGCUUCAGAAACUUCUGGAAAAUCUUGAAAUUCAUAUGAUCCAGGAGGUAUUAGUUAACAGAGAGAUAACACUGGUUGUAUCAGAAAAGUCUAAGGAGCAGCAUACUCUCCCUAUAGAUCUUUGGAAACACCAAGUCAUGAAGGAAAACUUUUCAGUUAUCAGACCACAAAUAGUUGAAAAUUUUGUACAGAGAUUACUGGAGAAUUACCAGGAUGGUGGACUAGAGAUCACUUUCAGGAAAGACCCCCUCGAGGCCUGCCUCCUUUCCCUGGGUUGUGACAUGAUGGCCAGAGAACGCAGCAACUUCGAGAACUACUCCAUGUGUUACAAGCAUGUAUUGGAGCAUGCUAGGCAGAAGCUCUGCCAGAAAGAGCAAGAAUUAGACAUUAUACGAAGAGGUCAGAGUCCACCUGAAGACAAGGCUGGUCAGAUUGCAGAGCUCAGUCACAAUAUGAUCAUGGAAGUCACUGCCCUGAGAGCUCGACUCACGGAUUUGGAGGAGGAGACUCUGAAUCUCAAAAAGCAAAUUCGAAAAGAAGUCCAAGAAGAAUAUGAAGCAUUAGUUCAAGCUUUGUUUGUGACAUGUUUGCACAUCACAGAGAAGCUGGAUGAGAAUCAGCUUAAUUUGAUCCAGAAAGUGUGUGAGCUCAUCGGUGAAGUAAGAGCAGAAGGGAUUGACAAUACGAAAGAAAGGCUAAAGAAGAAAUGGGGCUCCGCCAGACCUGACGAAGAAAUGAAAGAAAAUCCAGCCAUAGAGCAGCUGCUGGCCUUGGAGCAGGACAACUGCAGCCUGGCCGCCCUGGUGCGUAAAAUGAGGAGCCUGGGCCACUGGAGGCUGGCGGUGCAGCAGGCGCACUUCCGGGGCCAGCUGAGCAGGGCUGAGAAGGAAGCUAUGCAAAGUAAAAAAGAGUGUUUGAACAUCAAACUAAUGGCAGAACAAGAAGUGGUUUUAUUUUGUCAACAGCUAUUGGCUCUAAGGCAGGCCCUGGCCAGGGCUCAGGCAGACAACGUGAGGAUAUGCAAGCAGCAGGAGAGCCAGGCGCAAUUGCUGAAAGAAUUAGAACACAGAGUGACCCAGGAAGCUCUCCACCGGCAGCAGCUGGAUUUAAUGAAAACCUCCAGCAUGGAGAAGCUUUUGGAGGAUGUGGAGCAAAAGGAACAGCACCUGCAGCUCCUUACUGAAGAAGCCAAGAGGGCUUCUAAACUGGGCCAGCUCCAGCAGAAGAAAAUUCAGAGAGAAGUCCGACAGAUGAGAAGCCGGCUUGCCCAUGAGCGUAGCGUGGAGCUGGACGCUUUCCAGUGGGUGGAAGAGCUACAAAGUCAGCUUAAUGACACUGAGAGAUCCUCCGCCCAGAGGAGCUCACCAGGCGGCCUUAUAUCCCAGGCUCACUACUCCCUAAGUUCUGCUUCCACAUCAUCCAGAUACACCCAGCAACACCUUUUAAAGACUCAUCUCAUGGGCAGUAAAAUAACAAGAAGGAUUCAAAGGCCAAAGACUGUACCUAUUAAACACAAGAAAAGAAUUGACCAUGUCUUCCUACCCAAUGUGGCAGAAAAUGUUCAACUUUCAGCUUUUCAAGUUAAAAUGGCUCCAUCCAGAAUCCCAUUCAGACCUGACUGGUAA